CCGCCCGACAGUGGACCAAGCAGGUAAAGUGCUUCAGGCUCGUUCGUGACAGGACGUCUCAGUUGCUUGUCCAUUCUUACAUCUGGUUACUGGUGCGGCACGUCUCACAUCUCACUGGUUCGCAACCAUAUCAGAGGAGCUCCGACGGGACCGUUUUACACGCGCCAACCCUGCGUUUGUUAAGGCGGCCAGACCUGCAGCCGGGACUGACCAUCGGAGCCCAUACUGAUCUGACGACAUGGCCUUCGAACCUUUCGCGUUCGUAGAGAAUCUCUUCCUCUUCACCAAAUCAGACAUCAAGACCAUAUUGAUACCAAUUACGGUUUUUGGCUGCCUCUCCGCGCCAAGUACAGGAUUCGCUCGCCUCCUGCACACCAUCGCCUGGGUGUGGCUUAACCUACUGCAAUUUUGCGUGUCCAACCAAAGUUUGCCGGACAGUGUCGAGGAGGAUGUGAGGAACAAGCCGUGGAGGCCGAUCCCCGCUCAUCGUGUUUCGCUUCUCGCUGCACGGAAAUUGCGUUGGGCACUGCUUCCCCUCUGUCUUGCGAUAUCGUUGGGAUAUCAUGUCGGAUACCCCGGUCUCGCGCUCGCGCUUGGGAUUUGGGUGAACAACGAACUCGCACUGGAUUCACACUGGAUAACGCGUAAUUUGUGCUGUGCCUUGGGAUAUGCCGCAUUCAAUGCCGGGGCAACGUAUGUUGCGUGUGGACCUCGCACAUGCCACCUCGGUUCUACAACUGUCGCUACGCACGUCAAUGCGGCGCUCAUCGUCCUGACCACGAUACACGCGCAGGACUUCGAGGACAUAGCUGGAGACCGGUUGAGCAAACGCAAGACUCUGCCUAUCGUUUACCCGUACGCGAGCCGCGUCUCGAUGGCCGUCGCCCUUCCCGCAUGGUCCAUAGCAAUCUGCGUGAUAUGGGGCGCCACAGCCCUGCAAGCCAUUGUGCUGACCGGGCUUGCGAGCUAUCUUGGGUGGCGGUUCCAUUUCUUGCGCUCGCCGACCGCCGACCGCCGGUCUUACAUUAUCUACAACCUCUGGCUCUGUUUUGCCCAGGGGUUCCCGUUCCUAGUGCAGCAUCACGCCAGCGUAUAGGACAUCACCUCAGACAGUGUGCUGCAUCUCGUGUAGGAACUACUAGUAGAGAGACCGAUCGUAGUGAGUUGAGGCAUCCUUCGUGUUGACUACAUAUAUAACUUUACCUUCCUAACCGCAGAUGAUAUAUUGUAUCUCGGCCGCCAUGGACAGGGAAGCUGUUGUCUGAACGCAGAAUCGUGAUGAUAUGGAGUGUGAUUAUGUUCAUGUUUCACAAGUGUCACAACAAUGAUACGUUGAUGACUCCGAGCACACGCCGUCGGAGGCAGGCCAUAUCCCCUGCCCGGAUGCACAUCUGUGCGGUUCCAAG